AUGUCGACUGAUUUCUAUUGCAAAGUGUGUGACAUUCAUUGCACAGGAUCAGCACCUUACCGACAACACCUAGACAGCGUGAAACACCUGAAAAAAGCGAAAACUAUCCCAUCAGAAACUUCAACAGACAGAUCGUCGCCAACGCCGAUAAGUAUCAGCACGAGCAAUGAGAGUGCUUCAUCAGCAUCGUUCGCUAUCAGCAAUGAAACGAUGCGUAUAUUACUUGAAUGGAAUCAUCCUUCUGGUCUAAAACCAUAUUGUGAUAUUUGUUAUUUGCCAUUGUACGGUGAUAAAGUUGCAGACGUGCAUUUCACGCAUGACAAUAACAUUCAUCAUCAAAAACAGAUCGCUUUGGAACAGAUUCGUACGAAGAAUCCUGACUAUUCAUGCAAAAUUUGCUCGGAAAUCUUCACUGGUGAAAGGCAAAUGCACAGCCACUUCGCUUCCGAUGCUCAUGAAACUGUUCGACAGCAGAAAACUGAUCUAGAAAAGAUCAUCAAAAUUUACGAAACCUACAAUCGAUUAAAAGAAGCACGAAAGCAAAGACAAGACUCAGUGGCUCAUGAUAAUCUUUCCAAUCAAUUUGAUACAUUAAAAAUUGCUGAUGAAUCAACAUUGGCCCCAGUGAAUUUACCCAUCAGUCCGGAGAAAUUCGAAAGUGCGAUGAGAAACCGGUGGAGUGAUGAUGACUAA